UUCAACAAAAUACAACUAAAGAAAAAGAAAAUCCAGCCUUGACCACUAUGAUGGAAAACCCGAACCAACAAAACUUGGGAAUCACUCACACUCCGAGACCAAGUCAGCCGGAAAAUCAACGCAAGAAGAAGCAGAAGGAGAAAAAGCUCGAUGAAGAUAUAAAAGCAUUAAAAAAGGAAUUAGAGAAACAACAAGGCCAUUUGACUCAACUCCUAUCAAACGGAUUCCAACUAGCAAACUACUAUUUUGUUUUCCAAGGUGUUAUCCUAACAACACUUUGCAACCGUAGCACUAUUCUUAAAUGCUCAGAUCGUUGGUUUCUUGCAACACUUUCAGCUUUAGCAGCAACUGUUAAUUUAUUUGCUUUGGUAUCUAACGGUAUCAAGUACAAUAGAAUUUUUUCUGAACACGCUAAAAUUUGGACCAAGUGCAAUGAGUUGCAAGUAGAAAAAGAGACACUAAAAACACCAAAUAGUAAAACUCCCACUGAUCCUCCAUCAGGACAAAAAGUAUUACACGUUGAUGAUUGUGAAACCAAAAUACUUUGGGUUAUUUUAUUUUUAAGCAUGAUUUUCUUUCUUUCGUUUGCUAUUAUUGUCUUUGUAGGUUCCUUGAAAUUUCUAUGCAGAGAUAGAGCAGAACCUAAAAACUAAAAAAUUUAUAUACAAAGCCUUUCCGAGCACAAGACUCGCCCAAAAAGUCAGAGUUACAAUACCUCUGCCCGGAUUCGGAUCCUCUCCUUUAUAGAGGAUCCGAAUUCACCUCUGCCCCAACAGGUGCAAUAAACCAAAGAAAAAAAGGGAAGCUUGUAUUUAUGUAUAUGGUCUGAAAUGUACUCCAUGUAAUUUUUUUUGA